CCGGCCCAAUCGGGCUCCUCCGGCCCGGCCCAGAGGGGCGGACCCGGCAGCGGGGGGCGGCGCAGCGCUGCGAGGAGCUCCGGGAGCUGCUGCCGUGACCGCGGAGAGGAAGCACCUGCAUGAGUCUGUCACCACCUGACUGUGGCUGCAGGGGGGUCCGUGGCUCUGGGGGUUGGCAGCAGCGCUGUGGGUCGCAGCAUGUCCAAAGAGCUGCAGGAGCUGCAGAAGCAAUGGCACUUCAUCGUGCAGUCCAUCCACAGCAACUCAAAGGUGGUUGCGUUUAUGAACUCCCGGCUCGGCCUGUAUCUGGAUGACCAUCCUUUUGUCGCCUUGUCGCUCCUGAUGUUCGUCGCAGUGUCUACGAUUCCGGUGGCGUUUUUCCUCAUCUUUGUUGUUACAACAGUGAUAAUGGCUUGUGUUGGCGUGAUAGUCAUGGAAGGUGUUGUGAUCUCCAUCGGGGGCAUUGCCCUCCUCUGUGUGCUUUGCGGCCUGGGCGCACUGUCACUGGGACUUUCUGGAGUGCUCAGUGUUUGUUACAUCGUCCUUUCAGCGCUGGUCAACUACUGGGGCGCCUCAAGGAGACAGGCGAGGAAGCAAGAGGUUAAUGGAAGUUCACCACAGAAGAGUCUGUCUGUCAUGGAUUUCUCUGACAGCAAACAAAAGAACAAAUAAGUGGGAUCGUGUCCAUCUCCUUCAUCCACACUCCACUGUGCAGGUCUGUCCUUUGCAAUGUAAUUGUUUGCUUGUCGAGCAUCCAGCCUGGGUGCAGUUCAUAUGGGAGCUGAAAGAGCCAGCGUGCAUUGUGUGUAGUCACUGUAACACCAACAGUGGAAGCACCCACUGAGCAGCACAUUGUGAUGCUGCAUGAAGGAGGGGACGUUCUGCAGCUUGGGACAGGGAUGCAACAACUGCAGCUGAGUUGGUGGCAGGUGGGUGAAGGGGUGAGGGGUGUUUGCUUUGUUACUCAGUUCUUGCAAUUUGUAUGCAGUGGUUUGGCCAUUUUAUAUGUGAGCAUUAAGGCCCAGAACAUCAGAAAUGCUUUUGACGGUGAAAAAGUAACUUCUGAGUGCAAACAGCCCAUGUUAAAAUGCUGUGAGUGUACCACGCUGACACUGUGUGCUGUGAGAGGAAGAUGGGUUUCACCAUGCCUUAAGUGUGGUAUAAGCAGUUACACACCCUCACAGCUGCAGGGAUGCUUUUCUGCACUCACUGCCACCUCACAGCAGCAGAAUGGGGCCUGCCCUUGUGCUCUGUUGUGUUCUGGGGUUGUCAAUGGCCUGUUGUGCUUCUUGGCUGUAACUUCACACUUAGUUUAAACUGGUUCCAUUUUUGAAAAUGCUGUAAUAUUUCUAAGCAUUAUCAAACUGUUUGAGCUUAAUAAUGUGCUGUUUGUUUAA